UGGUAGCUAUGCAAAUGUGUAAAUGUAUAAAUGCUGUAGGUAUGCAAAUGUGAUGUGGGUAUGUAAAUGUGCUGUAGGUAGGUAAAUGUGUUGUAUGUACUUAAAUGUACAGUAGGCAUGGAUAUUUCUUGUAGGUAUGUAAAUGUGCUGUAGGUAUGUACAUUUGCUGUAGUUAUGAUACUAUGUUAUACGUAUGUGAAUGAUUUGUUGAUGCAUGUAUAUAUACUUAUUAUUAUUUUGAUACGUCAGUAUACCUUGUGUGAUGACAGAUGACUUUUGUUUGUAAAUGCGUAUUUGUCGCUUUAGAAUACAGAAUUACCUUGACGGAAACGCUAAGCGUCAUAGGAUCAGAAACAUAAAUAUGCUUAUCAGGUUAGCGCAACAUUGAUGUUACGUUAUUAAAGCAAAAGCAUUAUUGAAACGGUGUAGCUUCGAAACAAACGCUUUCUCUUGAUCAUGGACACAUUUCUUAUGUUUCAGAAAUUGUCAACUUCCAAAACAGACGGACUUGCAUAAUGUUCAACUUUCAGAGAGAGACGGACAACCUGAUAGAAAUAAUGAAAGAUCUCAAUAUCAACAACUUGAUCCAAAUGACAUUACUAAGCCGUCCGUAUAUUCUGAACUUGGAGGGAUUCAGCACAUUUACCAAAACGAUACAGUCGGUGAUGGAGAGGGCGGACAGUACCAGUCUUUGGAGGAACGCUCCGAUUCGAACGUCUAUGAUGAACUUCACAGUUCAGCAUCCGGCGAUAAAGGAACAUAUGUCAAUACCGUCAUUGGUGGAAACAGGAAAUACUGAUACGGACGAGAAAACGUUUACAGAAGAUAUACAACAUAUCGUAUGGCAUACUGAAUUGUAUGUAAAUUAAACAGAAAUAUUUGUAAUCUGCUGAGAACCGCGUCUGAAAUGUCCUGGAUUUGAAUAGAAUAAAUAUUGCCAGCUCCUAACCAGGCUAAACAAGUACGUCGACAGAUGAAGAUCAUAACCAGUAUAAAAGAACAGGAUACGGAUGUUGUUUUGUUACAAAACGUUAUACCUUUGUAGCCGCUGACUUGUCAACUGUAUAUCAUUAAACAAAACAGCACUUUUGGAAGGUGGUACUUACCCAGUCAUCCCGUCAAUGUAUUCAGUGUCUGUACAUUAACAGGAAACUAUAUCGGGAAUACCUCAAUAACUAUUUGAUGUUUUACAUUCUACAAGUUGUUACAUUUUGCAGCCAGUUAAAGAUUCACUACUGUUAAAUAACAAUUCAACUUGGUUUUACUGAUUUUCCGUAUCAUGCUAAAGUUCCC